UUUACAAAAUUUUAUACAAAAACUAAGAAAAAACUUUUUUUUUUCAAAAUUUUCAGUGGUUUUGGUUUAAGAAAAAAUAAAAACCCAGAGGAGGUUAAAUACCACCAAAAUAAAGCUCUCUCACAAAAAAAAUUAUAAAAAUUUAAUAUGGAUACAGUGGUGCAUGACCGCGCAAUUGUCAUUCAAAGUGUGACAGCACUGAAAGCUGGAAAUUGGCCUGGGCAGGAAGGGGGUAUAUGUGCCUCGUAGGCUAGUGGUUAAAGAGAGGUGGG